AUGUCUAGAAAGUAUAAUCAAGCAUAUGAAAACAAUAUUGAUUCCUUAAACUUUCUUCUAUCCAGAGAGCGUGAAAAGCCACCCCUCGGUGACUUUCUCUCAGGCAACGACAUACAAGCCUCCAUGCGUGACAAGCUUGUCCAAUGGAUGUUCAAGCUGUCCCAAGACCUAUCUCUUCAGCUCGAAACGACCCAAUUUGCUAUAUCUUUGAUGGAUUUAUUUCUUUCUAAGGUAAAAACUGCAAAAAGUGUAAUCCAGCUGCUUGGGGUGGUCUGUUUAAUGAUUUCCACAAAAUUUAAUGAAAAUAGGCUAUUCACAUUGCAAGACGCGUUAUUCCAUACUGGAAAGCAAUAUAAAAUUAAUGAAGUACAGUUGACAGAAGUCUUUAUUUUACACAAACUUGAAUGGAGACUUAAUAUAACGACAGCCUCGGAGCUGGUGAGGAGGCUUUUUAUACUUACAGGGCUUGAAAAUGAUUUUUCAAGAAUUUAUGAAAGAAUUGACGCUUUUACGUGUGUCUGCUAUGGGAAUUAUGAGCUUUCGCAGUACCGUGUGCUAGAAAUUGCUAUUGCAAGCUCAAUAUGUACCCUUGAGCAGUUUAAUCAGAUUAAUUUUAGAAAUCAGUGGGUGCAGCUGUUAUUUAAUCAGGGUAUUUUAGAUGUGGGGAGCGUUGAUUUGUGUAAGAGGACGCUACUGAGGGUGCUUUAUUCACAGACAUCACCUUAUGAUGCACAUAAGCUUAGUCCGAUUACGCUGGAUAGCAUCGAAACUUAUAUAAGGAGAAAUAAUGAUGAAAAAUCUCGUUUAAUUAACAAUGCAUAA